AAUUAGGACUUUUUUCUAAAUUUUCCCCGAUCUGAUCCGCCGUCCACCUCCAGACACAGCCCUCUGCCUUCACACCGUUCGUCGUAUUCCGGUAACCGUCGUUUCUGAAGAAAUUCAUUUGUGAAUAAUUUGUUAGCUCAUUCGCUACCAGAUCCGUGUGUUACUUUGCUUUCUCUUGAUCCAUUCAGCGCUGAUCACUCAGGAAGCUUGAAGGGAGAAAAAUGAAUUGGGUUCAACGGAAAAUCUAUCUCUACAAUGUCACUUUUGGUUUGUACAUGCUCGACUGGUGGGAACGUUGUCUCUUCAAUAUUUUGGUGCUUGUGUUGCUAUGGUUUAUGUGUUACAACGGGUUUCGAUUUGCUUCCGAACUCUUCAAUAGGCAAAUGUGGUGAAAGUUCAUCAACUGUGUCGAGCGUUAUUCAUCACCAUAACUAAGAUAUGUGUGCCUUUUUUGGCAUUUAACUUUUAAGGCUAUGACAUUGUUUGUUGUGCCAUGGAUAUAGUUGGGUUUGUAUGAAUUCAUCUUACUAGAAAAAUACGUUGUUGUUCUUUUCUUAUUCUUUUCCGAUACAUGACAUUUAAUGUAAUAGUUUGAAUGAUCAAGCAGAGAUCCAAGUUGAA